CACGUCCCUAAAUAACUUCCUUGUUGUGUUCUACGAAACAUACAACUAAGCUUCUAACAUUGUUGAGAGAUAAUUCAAUUACAAAAAGCAAACAAAAAAUAAAAAAUGUCGGAGGAACAAUUCACGGUGGUGAGGUUACUUGGGGAAGGGGGUUUCGGCAAAGUGUUUUUAAUACAAGACAAAUCUGACCCGUCAACAAAACAAGCCUUAAAACUGAUGGAUAUUGGAUCAAUGGAUGCAGACACGCUAGCCCUGACGUUACAAGAGAUCAAGCUUCUCUCCGAACUCGAGCACGAGCACGUGCUGUCCUUCGUCGCGAGCUUCGUGCAAGAUGACAAGAUUUGUAUUGUGACAGAAUUUUGUUCAAAUGGAGAUCUAUCCGAUUAUAUAAACAAUCAGCAUGGGAAUCCAUUAGAGGAACUGCGGCUUAUAGAAUGGUUUCGACAGAUUGCCAGUGCAAUAGAGUAUCUUCAUGAAAGAAAUAUUAUACAUCGGGACCUAAAGUCUCAAAACAUAUUUUUGGAUGCAAAUAUGAAUUGCAAACUGGGAGAUUUUGGAAUAGCUAGAGUACUAGAUCCUGUGAUAAACAUGGCCCAGACACAGAUUGGAACACCGCAUUAUAUGAGCCCAGAAAUAUUCAUGGGAAUAGGUUAUAAUGCCAAGACAGAUAUUUGGUCUCUUUCUAUUUUGAUAUACGAACUGGCAACAUUGGAGAAGCCAUUUGACGCUCUAUUUAUGCCAAUGCUUAUAUUUAACAUUACAAGAGGCGAGAAACCAACCAUGCCAACCCAGUACCGACCCGAGUUCACGGAGCUCUUGUCUAGGAUGAUGGAAAAAGACCCAAAUGACAGGCCAUCUGCACGCGAGAUUAUGCAAGACAAACUCUUCAAGGAAAGGCAAAAGCCAAAACCAAUGCCAAAUAUCAGAUCUCCGGACGACUACGGCAGCGAAGAUUAUUAUGAUAUGGGUGCCUUUAAUAUAAGGAGCGCUCUUCAAACUAUCAAUGACACCGUGCCGGGUAGGAAGUUCGGAGAUAAGAAGCCCGUGCCCAAACCUAGACUACGUGCUGAUAAGGAGGGUGGGGCGGCGGUAUCAGGUGACAAGAUUGGUGACGAUACAAUAACGGACCCUGUUAUGGAACUGGUGACCAGGACUCUCAAAGAUAUGGGUCACAACACUAUUCGACCAGCUGGAAAAACACAUUUGCAGCAACAAGUUGACUUGCUUAAGAUGUACAUUUUGAAUGUGCUUGGCAAUGAUCAGGGACUGUUUGACAAUGCAAGCAGGGAACUUGACAAAACAGAUGGUGAGGAGGAACUAGAGGAGAAGCUGAUUCGUAUUUUAGGACAUGAAAAGUUCGGACUGUGUGGUGUAGAGCUCUUACAUUACAAGAACUUUACAUAUAAUCUUAAACACAUGAAAAAAUAAACAAUGAUGGAAGAACAGUAUGUGACAUUACAUGUGAACUUUACAUACAAUCUUAAACACAUGAAAAAGUGAACAAUAACAGAGUAACAUGUCAUCAUCACCUUAGUGCAGUAAUGAAAUAAGUUCUUCUAGAUUUAAUAGGAGUUAAUCAGUUAUUGCACAAAAAAGAUGAUGUGUAGCAUCCCCUUUUUACAUGAUAUACAUACAUUGAAAAGCACCAUUUAUUUUACCCGUUUUCAUAAUUAUAUAGAGACACUACAGUGUCAGCAAAUACUUGAUGAAAAUGCUCAUAUAGUCAUGGGUAUUAAGAAUUAUAUCAACCAUGGUUAAAAAAAAAAUUUACCAAUUUUUUAUUAUGCUUAUUUUGUUAAUUAAAAAUGUUGUAUACAUUAUAUUUGUAGUUUCCUACUGAAUGUAGUUUUUUUAGUUAUUUAUUUUGAUUAAUAUUCAUCUGUCAUUUAUUACUUUUACAUAAUAUACAGCAUUAUACAUGUAAAUAUAACCUUAUACAUGUAUCAUAGGUCAUUAACAUUUCUUUUGACAGGUUAUAUGACCCAGUAGUUAUGGUUUGAAUCUUAUAUAAUCUAAAACCCUCUGAGGGUUAUAUGACAAACAGCCAUUUCUGCAUGGCUAUAUAACCUAAAAGAAAAUCUAAAUAAUGCUUUUAUAAUUGUACAGCAAUUUUCUUCACUGGAGGAAAAUUGAAAUUUUCUUAAAAAUUGACAGCAGUAUAUAUAGAUUAUA